AUGCAGUGUGCCAGUUGGUUAUUUCACAACUGGUGGUCAGCUACGGUUGGAAUACCAUUUGCGAACAAUUUUGAGGUUUGCGCUGGUCGAGAAGCUGGUGGUUGUCAUCCGGAAGUCAACAACACCUGCAUCUACUGUUGUUCGGAUCCAACCGUAUGCCAGCUUCAGAAGGACGACCUUUUCACAUAUGAGCUGCCAUCCCUGGGAUUGCCUACAAACAUAUUAG